AUGAUGAUGACCAGAGAAAGGGAAAUAAAUAACAGAUUUCAAGUUGCUAUCGUUUUUAUAAAGUAUAUUGUCACUGGCACUGCGUUACAUGGUGUAUGGUGCAAUGCAUCUAAUGCCAAAACGUCAACUCAAAGAUACGCAGGUGUGUGACGUUAUUCCGCUCAGGUGAGUUGGCCAGCCAGCCACGCAACAUUCAAGCUACUGGAGACAUGGCUGCUUCUGGACGGGUGAGGACGUGGAACAGCAAGGCUAACUCAGUGAAACCCUGGCUCCUUCUUUUGACAGGGAUCAUUUUAUUAGGUGAUGUAAAUAGCGGGGUCAUGGCAGCGCCAGAACCGGGACAAUGGAGUAUUACAGUUGUCAAUGUGAGUUUUAAAAGAUUCAAUUUAGCUAGCUGUCAAGCUAACGUUAGCAUUCGAGCUAACUAGUAGCUAGAACAACAGUGCGAUUCAUCCGGGCUAGCAAGCUAGCGUAUGUUUGCAUGCCUAAGGCCGUUUUUCUGUUCAUAAAAUGGAACAUUAACAGUAUUGAUUGAUAAUGCAUUUUCCUGAACAUAUUCAGGCUUUAUCGAUCUGCACAAGCCAUUGCACUGUCAAGUAGGUGGUGCGAUGUAGCUCAGCUGGUAGAGCACGGCGCUUGUAACGCCAAGGUAGUGGGUUCGAUCCCCGGGACCACCCAUACACAAAAAAAAAAAUGUAUGCACGCAUGACUGUAAGUCGCUUUGGAUAAAAGCGUCUGCUAAAUGCAUAUUAUUAUUAUUAUUAGGUAAUGUUACCGUUAGCUAGCUAACUAUCUGGUUAGUAAGCAUGAUAUAUAACGUGCUACCUCGGACAAUUAGGUUAGCUGUUUUAGUUUGGACCAUAGAUAUAACGUUACCCCAAAUGUUUUCUUAAUGUUUUGCCCAAACAUAUCCCAGCUAGGUUAGGCAGCUAACUACAUACAUAUAACGUUAGCUAGCGGUUUGUAAACAAACAUCAGACAGAGAGACCACUGUACUGUACUGGGCUAGAUCAUUGCCUGCCAUUUAGCCCCGAUAGAAGAGAAGUCUACCAACCAUUAAGCUAGCUAAUGUCCAGAUUAGAACAUGUAGCUAACUAGGCUAUGCCAGAAGUCUAUUUGGUAGACUAGCUAGCUACAAUGUCCAAUGAACUGAAGGGGUAAGACAAACAUCGUGUCUACCAGUCAUUUGCUUUUCAAGUCAGUGAAGUAAACAAGUGCACACUUUGGGAGGAAGGAGAGGUAGGCUAAUUAGGAUGUACCCCCAAUUUUCCAUGGAGGUGGUAAAAUGUCUGUCUGUCAACCACCAUAUCCUGUUGCAGAGUAAUGUGAGAGCUGCCAUUGCCUGCCUAGGGACUCCCAAUAAUGGUCACCAGGGCCCAUAUAAAGUGUCUGAGUAGGAAUGAGUGCUGAUCUAGGAUCAGGUCCCCCCGCCCAUUUAUUCCUGUUCAUUGCAAUCUGAAAGGCAAAACUGAUCCUAAAUCAUCACUCUUACUCCGAGAGGCUGGAUACAUACGUCCCCAGACAAGUGCCUGGGUUUUGUUCCAGUGCUAGCAUUAGGCCUACGCUAGAGUCAGGUCUGACUAUCACUCAGUUUAACUAACUGAUGUCAACACUGUUUCCUCUUCUUCACAGACCUCAAGACCAUUGCUUUUGAGGAAAUCUAUGUAUAAAAACACUGAUAUCAAAUUGAAAGGUAAGAUUAGCCUAUGUUUGCUGUCAUUGUGGUUUGUCAUUGGCAAUUCCAGAGUAACGGAAUUACGCUGAGACUCCUAAUUUUCACUUUAAAAUGUAUGCCGAACAAAAACCAUUGAUUUCAAAGUUUAGUAAACUAUACAAUUCUAUGCACGAUGAAUACUUUGAACAAUUUACAUAGUACAUAAAAAAAAUAACACAUACUGGAAAAACUGUGCAAAUGCAAAUUUUGGUAUCAGAAUUACAGUAAAAUCUCCCUCAGUUUUAUCAAACAUUGUAUCUGUACAAUUCUUCCUGUAAAUGUGUUUUUGUAAAUGUUUCUGUCAAUUUCUUACAAGUAGGCCUGGUGCAAUGAGUUGUAUGGUUUGUUAAACUUUUAAAUAAAUGUUUUUUGUUUGUAAAAAAUCUGCAUCUCAGCGUAAUUUCGUUACCAUGGAAUUGCCCUCAUACUAUAUAUGGAAAAUGCCUCACCUAAGGGCGUUUUCAAAUAUGAAAUUCGGUACCUUGGUUCGGUUUCCUGGAGCGUUUGAGAAUUCCACAAAAUGUUUUACUUUCACAAGACAUAAAAAUAACAGUUUCAGGGUGUGAUUUGCGAGACGUACAUUCUACAUGACAUUAGCUUGUUAACAACAGGCAAAAAGUUCCAUGCGAUCACGCUGCCGUGUCACAAUACCUGGUACUCAGGUCCUGGAUCUUGGACCCGCUACUCACGCAGGUCCAGGAUUAGUUUCAGCCAGAGUACCAAACGCUCCAGGAUCCGGAUCAUACAAGGGAUAUGAAAGCGCCCAAAGAACUACCUCGGUAACAACAAUUUAUUGUUUCUCUUUCAAUUGAUUGUUUCUCUUUUAGUUGUGUCCUUUGGUUGUCCAGAGGAGGUGACUUUUACCAUUCAAUGGUACUUGAAAUACUACCCCUGUCACAACGAGUUCAAUAAUAUUGAGGUAAGUAAACUAAGGUAGUACUAUGUUAUAGGCUAUUUCAUGUCUAUAGGCUGACAUAUGUGGGAGUGGAGCAGAAAGUGAGUGUUUGCCAUAGUCAUCUUUCAUUAUCAAUACCUUGAACAUUUUCAUAAUGACUCAUUUGUUUAGAAUUCCUAUGGCAGUGCCACAUCAAUCAAUCAAAUGUAUUUAAAAAGCCCUUCUUACAUUUACAUUACAUUUACGUCAUUUAGCAGACGCUCUUAUCCAGAGCGACUUACAAAUAGGUGCAUUCACCUUAUAGCCAGUGGGACAACCACUUUACAAUGUUUUUUUUUUUCUUAAAUCAGAAGAUGUCACAAAGUGCUAUACAGAAACCCAGCCUAAAACCCCAAACAGCAAGCAAUGCAGAUGUAGAAGCACGGUGGCUAGGAAAAACUCCCUAGGAAGGCAGAAACAAAGGAAGAAACCUAGAGAGGAACCAGGCUCUGAGGGGUGGCCAGUCCCCUUCUGGCUGUGCUGGGUGGAGAUUAUAACAGUACAUGGCCAUUAAGGCCAGAUUUUUCUCCAAGAUGUUCAAAUGUUCAUAGAUGACCAGCAGGGUCAAAUAAUAAUCACAGUGGUUGUAGAGGUUGCAACAGGUCAUUACGUCAGGAGUAAAUGUCACUUGGCUUUUCAUAGCCGGGCAUUUAGAGGUUGAAAUAGCAGGUGCGGUAGAGAGAGCGAGUUGAAAACAGCAGGUCUGGGACAAGGUAGCACAUCCGGUGAACAGGUCAGGGUUCCAUAGCUGCAGGCAGAAGAGUGGAAACUGGAGCAGCAGCACGACCAGGUGGACUGGGGACAGCCAGGAGUCAUCAGGCCAAGUAGUCCUGAGGCAUGGUCCUAGGGCUCAGGUCCUCCGGGAGGGGAGGGAGAGAGGGACAGAGAGAGAAUUAGAGGGAGCAAACUUAAAUUCACACAGGACACCGGAUAAGACAGGAGAAUAACACCAGAUAUAACAGACUAGCCCUAGCCCCUCGGCACAUAGACUAUUGCAGCAUAGAUACUGGAGGCUGAGACAGGGGGGGUCGGGAGACACUAUGGCCCCGUCCGACGAUACCCCCUGACAGGGCCAACCAGGCAGGAUAUAACCCCACCCACUUUGCCAAAGCACAGCCUCCACACAACCAGAGGGAUAUCAACAGACCACCAACCUACUACCCUGAGACAUUUUGACAGUUGGUGUGAAUUACCAGUUGACUAUACUAUGCACUGUAGGAGUUGUUUUUAAAUCCCGUCAUUGCUCAUAGGAAAUGUACACUACCGGUCAAAAGUUUUAGAACACUUACUCAUUCAAGGGUUUUUCUUUAUUUUUACUAUUUUCUACAUUGUAGAAUAAGACAUCAAAACUAUGAAAUAACACACAUGGAAUCAUGUAGUAACCAAAAAAUCUUUCAAAUAGCCACCCUUUGCCUUGAUGACAGCUUUGCACACUAUUGGCAUUUUCUCAACCAGCUUCACGAGGUAGUCACCUGAAAUGCAUUUCAAUUAACAGGUGUGCCUUCUUAAAAGUUAAUGUGUGGAAUUUCUUUCCUUCUUAAUGCGUUUGAGCCAAUCAGUUGUGUUGUGACAAGGUAGGGGGGUAUACAGAAGAUAGCCCUAUUUGGUAAAAGACCAAGUCCAUAUUAUGGCAAGAACAGCUCAAAUAAGCAAAGAGAAACGACAGUCCAUCAUUAUUUUAAGACUUGAAGGUCAGUCAGUACGGAAAAUGUCAAGAACUUUGAAAGUUUCUUCAAGUGCAGUCACAAAAACCAUCAAGCACUAAUCUGAAACUGGCUCUCAUGAGGACCACCACAGGAAUGGAAGACCCAGUGUUACCUCUACUGCAGAGGACAAGUUCAUUAGAGUUACCAGCCUCCGAAAUUGCAGGCCAAGUAAAUGCUUCACAGAGUUCAAGUAACAGACACAUCUCAACAUCAACUGUUCAGAGGAGACUGUGAAUCAGGCCUUCAUGGUCGAAUUGCUGCAAAGAAACCACUGCUAAAGGACACCAAUAAGAAGAAGAGACUUGCUUUGGCCAAGAAACACGAGCAAUGGACAUUAGACCGGUGGAAAUGUGUCCUUUGGUCUGGAGUCCAUAUUUGAGAUUUUUGGUUCCAACCGCCGUGUCUUUGUGAGACGCGGUGUGGGUGAACGGAUGAUCUCCGCGUGUGUAUUUCCCACCGUAAAGCAUGGAGGAGGAGGUGUUAUGGUAUGGGGGUGCUUUGCUGGUGACACUGUCUGUGAUUUAUUUAGAAUUCAAGGCACACUUAACCAGCAUGGCUACCACAGCAUUCUGCAGUGAUACGCCAUCCCAUCUGGUUUGGGCUUAGUGGGACUAUAAUUUGUUUUUCAACAGGACUAUGACCAACACACCUCCAGGCUAUGUAAGGGCUAUUUUACCAAGAAGGAGUGCUGUAUCAGAUGACCUGGCCUCCACAAUCCCCUGACCUCAACCAAAUUGAGAUGGUUUGGGAUGAGUCGGACCGCAGAGUGAAGGAAAAGCAGCCAACAAGUGCUCAGCAUAUGUGGGAACUCCUUCAAGACUGUUGGAAACGCAUUCCAGGUGAAGCUGGUUGAGAGAAUGCCAAGAGUGUGCAAAGCUGUCAUCAAGGCAAAGGGUGGCUAUUUGAAAAAUCUCAAAUAUAAAGUAUAUUUUGAUUUGUUUAACACUUUUUGGGUUACUACAUGAUUCCAUAUGUGUUCAUAGUUUUGAUGGCUUCACUAUUAUUCUACAAUGUAGAAAAUAGUAAAAAUAAAGAAAAACCCUUGAAUGAGCAGGUGUUCUAAAACUUUUGAACGGUAGUGUAUAUCUCCCUACAUUCAACUACUAAUAAAUAUGGUUUAUUUUAUGUAUUAAAAAGAUGUGAAACAUUGAAUAUUAAUAUAAAUCAUUACUUUAAAGGAAAUGUAUGAGAGGACGCCACUGAGUCGAGGACAGAGUAUGGAUCCUAACCCUCUAGGACAAGGGGAAUGCAUUGAGCACAAGCACAAGCCCUUGACCUGCAACAUUGACCUGCGAUACUUCCCAAUGCUAAAUGUAAGGGCUUAUAGGUUACGCACAUGAGUUCCAUUACAGGGCUUGUCACACUACUGAGCUGGCCAGGUUACUCCUCUUCCAUAGUUGCUGGAACUGUGCUGAAAAGGAAAGUGUGAAAAGGAAAUAUUCAAGCCACGUUUUCUUUCGGGUCGCCUCAAUAGUUUGAAAAUGAUAUAUUGGGAAGAAUAAUUUGUUUUGGAACUUUGUGUUUGACUUACUGACAACUUACUGUAUGACAACUUUGUUUGUUUCAGAAAGCCAAGGCAGAACCACGGCCAGUUGUCCCACCCAUGGAAGGGGCAGCACCGGUGAGAUGCUACGAUGGGGUCAUGAUGUUUCACUAUGAUGAUGCAUCUUUUUUAUUUUUUUACACACACACACUUACUUUCGGCUACAUUGCAAAUUCAUACUGUUGUUGUCAAUGACCAUAGGAGUUGCUGUUGACCAUAUGCAGCAUACACAAAGAGAUCUGGGACCAGGCUAUCACUUUUACGAUUCUCAGAACUUCCUGGGUUCUUCAAAUACAUUACAUAAUGCAUAUAACCCCCUUUCAAAGCAAAUGUUGGUUCAAUCCUACCCAGGGCUCCGACGAAAACUACACAAAAUGGACGAUGGAGGAGUACAACAAAGUCGGCGGUGUGAAGAACGCCAAUGUGUCACUUAAAGAUGACGUCAUCGCCACCACGUGGAAGGACGGCCCCUAUCUGCUGGUGGUGGUGAUUAAGUCUAACAAACAGGAAGCCAACUGGAAUCUAACAGGUGGGUUCACUACAUUAACCACAAUGCACCUUAACUGGGUGGUGUUCAUCAGGCACUAGAUGGAAGAAUACAGACUGAAACAGGGAGGGACCACCAUAACUAACAGAAGAGAAUUGACUGAAAUGGGAAGUGAUUAGCUGAACUCUGUUGCAAAAUCUUUGCGGUGAUCUACCCUAAUGAACAUGAACCAGUUCUUGAAUAGUUGGGAUUUUAAACUUGCUUGUGAGGCUUACCAAGAAGAAAAUUAAGUUUCUGUAGGCAGCCUAAAUAAUUUAAAUGAUUUAAAGGACAAUGCAUUGGCUACUGUAUCAUUUUGAUCACAUUGCUCCAUGUUGUGUGUUGUAACCCUAAUUAUUUGCAGUGUUAUGGAUAGCUGAUGUAGACUCUUUAUAUUUCCAGUCAACGUCGUAAUGAAAGGAACUCAUGGCUACAUCUCCAUCACGGAAUGGCCUCUCAUGAUCGUGAGUAUACAUACAAUUAAAUAUAUUCAGUGACACAUUGAAUAAACGACAGUGGGAUCCAUGACACUUUGAGCUCAAGUGGUCCUCUGUAGCUCAGCUGGUAGAGCACGGCGCUUGUAACGCAAAGGUAGUGGGUUCAAUCCCCGGGACCACCCAUACACAAAAAAAUGUAUGCACGCAUGACUGUAAGUCGCUUUGGAUAAAAGCGUCUGCUAAAUGGCAUAUUAUAUUAUAUUAUAUAUUAUUAUAUAUUAUAAGCUAAUUUCUAGUGCUUGUCUCUAGCCUCAUAUACAGUGUAGGGUUAAUCAUUGUCAUAGAUAUCAGACGCCUGUGUUACUCACUCAUCACUUGCAGGGUUUUGUGUUGUCUUCAUGUAAUGAUAUAUGCCAUUUAGCAGACUUUCAUCCAAAGCAUCUGUGGGAAUCAAGCACACAAUCCUGGCGUUGCUAGUGCCAUGCUCUACUAACUGAACCAUACAGGACCUUGUGGUUUGUUUAGAAAAAUACAGUGUGUUAUUUUGUUUUAACACCUGUCUCCCUCCCUCAGUUCUACAUGGUGAUGUGUACAUCCUGUACGGUGUACGUGUUACUCUGGUUCAUGUGGUCAGCCUGCUACUGGAAGAACCUAUAUUUUUCUGUCUCUGUCUCUCUCUGUCAGUUCUACAUGGUGAUGUGUACAGUGUACAUCCUGUAUGCGUUACUCUGGUUCAUGUGGGCUGCCUGCUACUGGAAGGACUUACUAAGGAUCCAGUUCUGGAUAGCUGGAGUCAUCUUUCUGGGCAUGGUGGAGAAGGCUGUGUUCUGUGCUGAGUACGAGAACACUAACGGUGUCGGGGCAGCUUGUAAGUCUACACUACUACAACUACACCUAACUGUCUGAUGACUGGUUUAAAGAAAAUACUAAGAUCCUCUGUAUAGUAGCAUGGUGGAGCGGAUCACAUUGAUCUGGUCCCAAUUCCCUCCCUACCCCUUCCCCUUGGCCCUAACUCUUCAAUGUUUGCAGAUCUGAACGGUCUGGAUAGGUAUCAGCAGUGUAGUGUUGGAGUCCACCAUAUUCAUUCUACCUACAGAUUUGCAAACAUUGAAGGCUUAGGGCCAAGUGGGAGGUUUAGGGAGUGUUAUUAUUCUGAGCAAGAAAUCGUUUUUCUGUCUCUUGUGAGAGAGAAUUAAUUCUAAUGUGGAUGUUUGUUUUUAGCUCAAGGCCUGUUGAUCUUUGCUGAGCUCAUCUCUGCCCUGAAGAGAACCCUGGCACGGCUGCUGGUCAUUAUUGUUAGUCUGGGAUAUGGCAUAGUCAAGUAAGUUGAGAAAAUGUAGGUCAUCACACACUGUCCUUUGAUAGGUGACCCCAGUGACUUUAUCGUGCUGUCUAUAUUUAGUAAUUUUUCCUCAAUUCUGUGUGUUUCCCCUCAGACCUCGACUGGGUACGGUGAUGCACAGAGUGGUGGGGCUAGGUGUGCUGUACUUUGCCUUUGCUGCCAUCGAAGGUGUGCUUAGGAUCACUGGGGUAAGGAGUAUUCCUGAGCUUGCUUACCUCCAGUGAGCUUGCAUUUUGAAUGUGAACCUUCAUUUCUAGAUGGCAUGCUGUUUUUCUCAUGUGUGAGUUAUGGGAAUUAUGUUCAGUACGUGUGUAUGUAUUCACUGAAGGGUCGUGACAAUGGUCCCACCCUCAUCACAUCCAUUGUUCUAGCUGUGAUGGACUCCUGUAUCAUCUGGUUCAUAUCCUUCCUUUUUAAGAAUAAUUACCCCAUAAUGCACCUCUAG